AAAACUGUCUUUUUGUGUGGAGAUUUUAAUAUUGACUUGGGAAAUCAAUCUGACUCAAAUAAUACUAAUAUGUUCAUGGACUCAAUGUACAGUUUGGGUCUCUACCCAUUAAUAUCCAGACCAACACGAAUCACAACUCAUAGUGCAACUAUYAUUGAUAACAUUUUUUCUAACAUAAGAAAUGACGAAGUGAUAAGUGGCAUCCUUAUGACAGAUAUAAGUGAUCACUUGCCAGUUUUUGUUAUUUGCAGAAAGUGUCUGUGCAAUGAUGUAAAAACUAAAUUUGAAAGGAAAAUGAUUAAUACAUCAAAAAAAGCUUUAGACAAACUAAAACAUGAUUUACAAAAACAAAACUGGAAUGAUGUCUAUGUGGAUGAUGCAAACACAGCCUAUGAUGUAUUUAUGGACAUUUUGGGAGCUCUGUAUGAAAAGAACUGUGUGCAAAAGAACGUUACAAACAGAAAAGUUGUUGACAAACCAUGGAUGACCAAARGAUUAAGAAAUGCUUGUAAAAAAAAGAACUACUUUUACUCAAGCUUUUUAAAACUGAGAACAAAAGAAAUGGAAGAGAAAUACAAAAAAUAUAAAAACAAAUUAGUAUGGAUCAUAAGAAAACAUAAGAAAGAAUAUUAUAGUAACUUAUUGGACAAAAGUAAGAGUGAUAUGAAGGCAACAUGGCGAGUAAUGAAUAGUGUUUUGAAGAGACAUAAAACAAGACCAGAUAUYUCACAAUACUUUGUAGAGGAUGACAAGGAAAUUCAUGAUAAAAACGUAAUCRUAAAUAAAUUUAAUCAAUUUUAUGUAAAUGUUGGCCCUAGCCUAUCAGUUAAUAUACCAAGAGUAAAUAGUAAUCUGGGUCAUACAGUCAUUGGUUGUGCCAAUAGUAUAUUUUUAAGUGAAAUUGAUAAAGACGAAAUUCUGAGUAUUGUAAAGAACUUCUCUGACAAAAGAUCAAAGGACUGGAAGGACAUGGAUAUGAUGCUUGUGAAGGAAAUAAUA